GCCCCCGCUCCUUGACACCAUAAAGACUAACAGCUGAGAAACGACGCUUUCAGUACCGUCGCGACGCCAGAAUCGAACACACACUUAUCCCAAAAUGUCGAAACGUGACAAGAACCUAGAAGCCGACGUCCUCAACUGGAUCUACGCAUGCCUGGGAGAAAAAGUGCCUAGCGGAGAAUUCGAAGACAUCCUUAGGGACGGCGUCGUCCUUUGCAACCUCAUCAACAAACUGGCCCCCGGCUCGGUGAAGAAGAUCCAGUCGAAGGGCACCAACUUCCAGCUCAUGGAGAACAUCCAGAGGUUCCAGGCAGCAGUCAAAGCGUAUGGAUUGCCGCAAGAGGAGAUUUUCCAGACUGCGGAUCUUUUCGAAAGAAGGAAUAUCGCACAGGUUGCCCUUUCCUUGUUCGCGUUGGGCCGCAUCACCCAGAAGCACCCGGAAUGGACGGGCCCUACGCUGGGCCCCAAGAUGGCCGACAAGAACGAGCGGACCUUCACGGAGGAGCAGCUGAGGGCCAGCGAAGGGCAGGUCAACCUGCAGAUGGGCUACAACAAGGGCGCAUCGCAGGCGGGGCACGGGGGAUUCGGGAACACGCGUCACAUGUAGUUUGACAGGUGUCAAUUUUCGGCAGGUUUAAUUUUUUGACAGUUGACGUUUUUGGCAGGUGUCAGUUUUUUACCGUUGUCUUUGUCUAGACGUGGUCAAACAAAAUGGAAGUAUUUUAGGAUUGCCUCAUUUGGUUUUUGCAAUUUUUUUAUGUUUUUAAGAAUUCUAGUUAUGAUAUUAUUGACUAUUUAUUUUUGUAAUUUUUCAGUGUACAUGAUAUUUACCUUUAACUAAUAAUAAUUUAGUAUACAAUACUUGUUAUGUUAGUUUUAUUAUAAAAUAAUUUUGCAUUAAUAUUAAAUAUUGAAAUCACUCAAUACUCGAAUUUGAAGUGGAACAUCUCAAUGUUUAACAAUGAUUAGGAAGUUUCAUAAAGUGAAACUGAUUGGUGUAGUGUUUGCACCUUGAAUUGAAAACAAAGUGUUGAAAAUCAAUCGAAAACUUUAUCAUUUCUUAGGAAAGAUAAGAAUGUAUGAUUCCUUUAUAGGCGAACCCACGUCUAUAGUGUACAGGUCGAAAAUAGUAUAUACACCUUUUAUUGAACUGAGAUGAAUAUGAAUAUAUAGUACAGGGUGGGGCGCCAUUUUUUUUUUUUUAGUAUGGAAUAUUUUUCUCAGGUUAUUGAUAUUUCAACUAAAUAUUUUGUUUGUGAUUUUUCUCUCUGUUGUCUCGCAAAAUAAACUUCUUCUUCUCUUUAGGUUUAUUAGAUUUCUGUCUCCUUUCGGUAACAAUUUCUCCAGAUCAGGUAAUUGGUUUUUUUCAAGAAUAAAUACUUGGUUAUGUAAUAGUAUUAUCACUCGACUCGCCACAUAAGUAAACCGGUUGAAUAUCAUAAUGGCCUGAAGCCGAGUCAUCAUAAGAUUCCUAAGAUUCGAACGUAUAUAAGAGAUAAUGGAGCACGUUUGACUUCAAGUAUGGCCCCCUUAUCCGAUGAAUCCGUCAUCAUCCGGCCUCUAUAACGGCGUAUAGAGAUAAAAGAGCCUGAUAUUUCUCACACACACUUUUUAAACUUCACAUUAAAUAUUGGAUUUCAAUCCAGAUCAGGUAAUUAGGAAAUUUUGGACUUGCACACA